GACUCGCCGGCAGAGGCUGACCGCGAGAAGGGGCCAAACGAACGCCAACGCGCCGAACCGAACCGAACGAGUUGAGCGAUCGCGCCUUUCGCCUUCGGCCCUGCCAAUAGUGGCGCGGCUCCCUACCGCGACGCGGCGCACGACGCGUGCUGCCAACAGUGCGGUCGCGGAGGGCCAGAGCCAGACAGUGCAGUGUCUGCUUGCUCUGCUUGUGCCAAGUGUGAGUGUGAUGUGAAAUGGCCCCCAACGCCGCCCUCGCCCGCGUGUGCGUGCUCUUCGCGCGUGAGCGGAGACGAGCCUGCCAGCUGACGGCGCUGUUGUCACUGCCAAACACGAGACAGCUGCAAUGCGCGACGGGCCGCCUCACGCUGCUGCGCGCCCAGCGGGCCACGCAGCGGGCACGGCACUGCCACGCCGCACUGGGCCCCGGCUGUCCCCAGGCGUGCGCCGUCGUGGACUUCAAGAGCCACGUCUCGCUGCGGCACUGCUCGUCGGCCGGCGGCGCGGCCUCCACGGCCUCGGACACGGCCAAGAAGAGCGACCCGGCGGCCGGUGAGGAGGCCGGCAAGCGCGUGGAGCCCAGCACGGUGCCGCGGGACGUGUGCGUCGAGUACCGCGGCGGCCUGCCCGAGCUGGUGGUGGAGCUGCCCUCGCGCAGGGAGGCCUGCUCCUUCAGGCUGCGCCCCGUCUCGCACGUCGUCGGCGACCUCAUCCACAUGCUGAAGCACGAGGACCGCGGCAUCGACCGCGUCACCAUCAGGACCAUGGCCGGCGUGCGGGUGGGCUCGGCCAACUCGAUCGAGUCCCUGCUGCAGGACAACUUCAAGCUGCAGAUCAACGACAUGGAGUACACGGUGCGGGUGCCCAGCGUGGCGCGGCUGUCCCAGGAGACGGCGCAGCAGAUGUCCGACGUGCGGCUGCUGGUCAUGCGGCUCUACGAGUCGCUCAACGUGCAGGAGCACCAGCUGCUCAUGGAGCGCGAGCUCCUGGCCCGCCUCGAGGAGACCAAGACCGAGCUGGCGCCCAUGGAGGAGAUUGCUCGCGAGAUCUCUACUCAAGCCGAAACCUGGGUGGUGAUGAAAACCUUCUUCCUCCUCUUCCUCAUGGGAGUGCAAUUCGGUGUGCUCGGAAGGCUGACUUGGUGGGAGUACAGCUGGGAUAUCAUGGAACCCGUUACUUAUUUUGUAACUUACUUCACUGCCAUGGGCUUCUAUGCGUAUUCGCUUGUAACGGGUCAGGAAUGCGGUUAUGAGGGAUAUCGGAGCCGCUCCUUCCUGAGGGCAUUCCAUAGGUUGGCACAAAGGAAAGGACUUGAUGUAACUCGUUACAAUGAACUGAAAGCCUCUGCCUAUCAAAUAGAAAAAAUGCUGGCCAAGUUGCGGGAUCCUUUGCAAGUGCACCUCCCAGCUCGACCAAUAGAUCUUCCAUAUACUACUAGCCGUUCUCCCCUAGACCAGAUUAGAAACUUGCUCAAUAUUGACAAAUUUUUCAAGCCUAGCUCUUCAUCUAAGCCGUCCUCUUAACUACCAUUGUAGCAUACCUGCCACUCUCUAAUUAUUUUUGAAAUUUUCUCAAUCAAAAAAGUAGCAAAUGUUUCCAAUCUUAAUCUGUUGAAGGUGAAAUGGUGUGAAAAAAAACAAACAAUUCUGUCUUGAGAUAUGGUUUCAUGAUCUUUUAAAAGAGAGAAGGCAAUCAUUUCAUUUUGAUAGAGCUCAGCUGGACUGGGCUCUCUAGGGAGAUGCAUAUUCACAACGCAUGGCUCGUGUACUUUAAUUUUCAUCUGUCUGUGGAAUUUUAUCUAUUUUAUUUCUUGCUUCAAGGCUUUACAAUGGAGUCAAGACACUUGUUUGAUAGUGGUGUCCUUUUAGUUUUUUGAUUAUUUCUAUCGCUCUCUUCAUAAAUGUGUUAUGGAUAUCCAACCUCGAGAUGUCCAAUUUAAUUAUGAAUACCCAAUCUUUUUCUUCUUAACAUUUUAUCAUUUUAUGAUCAAUGUUCCUUCUAUAAAUCGGACAAAUAUUUCUGUACUUAAAUUAUAGCUUUCGGGAGCAUUGCUUGCUUUUUCUUUUACUGGCUAUUUGGUCAAAUGUACCAGAUAGUUUGAGGUCUUUCAAGAACUAUUUGUUUAAAUGUCUAUUUGUUGUAAAAUAUUGUCAGGUUAACCCCAGGAGGAUGUAGCAACCAAAAAAAUCUGAUAAGGUUGUUUUAUUGUUGCAACUAAGUUAGUAUAUUUUUUAUGUUGUGGUGCUUUAUCUCUUGACGAUUGACCUAGCUUGACAUAAGCCUUCAAAUCUGUGAUGGGAGAAAUUAAUGCCUUGUAAUCUUGCAUGAUCAUCUCUCAAUUUGUGUACUUUAAGCAAUAGGGUGAGUCCAUUGAUAUGUGUAUCCAAUGUUUUGUAACUUAUGAAAGACUUUUGAGUACUUUAUCAAUUGUAUAUAUUCAUGCACUUAAUAUUGUGUCAACUUUGUACAUACUGUUGUUAGUGAUACUACCAUGUUUUAAAUGGAGGAUGUCAUCUCAUGCAUCUUCUUACCAGUUGUGUUAAAUGAUUAUUGAAAUCUUGGUUGUCUGGUAGUAGUUCAACAUGAAACUUUACAUUUUCAUAGGUGGUGUUGAGAGAGUGACCAUCUGAGUCAAGUAUAUUUAAGCAAAUGUGCUGUGAAAUUUUAGACACGCUGGAAGUGUGCCAGAGCAGGGUAACGUAGACAAAGCAGAUAGUUAGCAGGACUGUUGUGAUUCAAUGAGAAAUGCGUUUUCCCCCUAUCUUUGUGUGUUUAUAACUAAAACCCUACUGAAGUCCCUUCUCAAAGUGCUUGCCUCCAAGCAGUUUAAAACAUGUCUGUGAGGAGUUCAUUCUACAUCUUGUAACCUCUGACACCUUUUCUCUUAAUAUGCUUUCAUGGUUAAUUAAAGUGUUAAAAGUUUUUAAAAUAAACAAUAUUAUCAGUAUUGAUUGUAAAUAAUAAAAAGAAUACAGAUAGCCUAUUGUAUGUUUAACAUCAUUUUAGCUGUUGGCAUUUUGCCUUCUCCUUGUUAAUUUUGCACUGUUGUUUUAAAAAAUUAAGCAGUUCCAUGUGAAAACUAAGAUUUAUGAUUGGCUGUGGCAACUACAGUAGAUAAAAAUCCAUUCAGUGAACAAUUUUUUUAAAAUUAUUAUUUGGAGAAUUGUCAACAUUUCUACAUUCAAGAAACAAAGCAAAAAUGGAACCAAUUGAUUGUUGCAACAAAGUUGGACCUGGCCUUUAAAAAUUUGCUAAUGAACAAAAUUGGCCCACUAAUAUUGAAAUUCUCUAACAAUUACUGCAAGAGCUCAUGAGUUCAUGUGAGCAAAGGGUUCUGUCAUACUUAUCUCUUCACUUAACACAUGAAUGAUGGGCCAAAGCAGCUGUAAUAUAUACAUUCGCAUGUGAAAACACAUCACCUAGCCUGAUACUGACACACCUUAAUGCCUUUUUAACUAGUUCUUUCCUACACCUAUCCCGCUACAUGCAGAAAUAAAAGAAUUUGCCAGCUAACAUAGUUCUAAUCACUGCGACUAACUCAAGCCAUACAAUAUGAAGUACAAAACUUAAUAUUGAGCAUUUAUUGUUUCAUAAUGUCCCUCUUUUUUCAAGCCCUUCAGACUUAUAUUUUAAGUAAGCAGAAACAACUAAUAAAUAAUACAAAUUGUAAUCUCUGUAAAGUAAUAAGAUUUAUUCAGUGCUGAUUCCUCUCUUGGAAACGCGCAAAUAGCUUUAAAGAUUUUUGGAUUAUCUCUUCUCUCCAACAGUGGUGCAUCUUCAGUAUUGCUAUGGUAGCGUUUGUAAUUACUCUGCAUGUUAUCUUCAAAACAUGACUGUAUGCAGAAAUGGUAUUUUUGCAUAAAUUUAUUGUGAUUUUAAAUGUGUCAUAUGUUAA